GGCGGUCUCUGUAAGCCAACCCUCAGGGCAACCUUUCUGUAGUCAUGGCGGCCAGCGAAAGAAGACCCGUGCGCAUGGAUGUCAAAAGCAUGUAUCCAAAUUUCCACGCUGAGCAGCACAAACAUCACGUUCAGGAGAAAAGCACGAUGGCAGUACUUCGCAAACAACGAGAAGACUCGGGUGGUAGCGCUAGGCGAGACGUGUACAGCGCCAAAACUCGACCGCCGUCGCGCAAUGGAUCGUUGCAGCAGAAACCACGCGUUCAUGAUUCGGACGAGCUGUCCAGACGCGCGAUUCCUCCGAUCGUCCCCAAACUGAGCUCCAACCAGCAAGAAGUGGCACCUCCAGACGAGUUUGACUCAAUUUUCCCAGCGACGAUGGCUCCGUCACAACGACCACCAUCCAGACAAGUGGCACUUCGCGGAGAACUAAGUCUGGCCUCGCCAGCUUGGGAAGAUGAAGGAAUGUCACCUCGACUUCAUUCGUUAUCGUUUCCAUCUAGUGCUCGUACAUUGCUGGAAACUACAACGGCAAGAUUGUCCAGUUCCAUGGACAGUGAAUCUCUCCAGGAUCUCGUAAUGAAUGCUCGCCCUCUCUCACGCUACGCUCGAAAAGAACUUCACCGUCAGGGGUCUGCUAAAACGCUAGCACGUAUCUCUACUGCACCGUCGACCCUACGUGGAUACCAAUCUCUCGAUGGCACUACAACGCCUCCUCGGUGCUCCACACCUCUAAUGAAUAGUCGCUCAACGAGUGACUCUAGUCGACAAGCUGUCCAAACUGCAGUCAUUAAUUCUGUCGAAGCUGCUUUGCCUGAAAUGGAGCUCGAUGACGGUGUUGACGAUGACGACGACACGAACUUUUUCUUAACCGAGUUGGAAGCAGCAGCGAGGGCUAUUGCACUGGAAGAGAAGGAUCGAGAGCUCGAAGCCCGCGUGUAUGCGAAUCUGGGCAACUUGGCGCUCGCUCAACUGAAUUUCGGUCACGCACUGAGCUGUCACCAUCGAGAUCUGCACUUGUGCUCGUCUAAAGCGCUGGACUGUCGUCUGGGUCGCGCACGAGCUCAUCGGAACUUGUCGAUUGUGUACGCGAAACUGCAUCGACGGGAUCAGCAACUUAAGCACGAAAAGGAGUGGAGAGCUGCAGCUCAUCAUGACGGUGGCGCCUACUUCAGUCUUGGAGCAAGAAUGGAGCACUGCUGA